CAACGCGGCGUCUUAGGCGAAUCCUUAGUGAAAUCCUUAGGUUUAGAACAAUAUUAUAUGAUUAAAUAUUUAACUGUAGCUAAGGAUGAGUCCUUAGCUAAGGUCAUUAAGGAUCAAAUCCUUAAUGUGCUGGCACUCAACUACUGGCUCUCGAUUGAAAGAACGAUUUGAUCAAUCUCGAUAGAAGAAGAAGAUGUCGACUCUUUCAGCUGCCAGGGCAGAUAACUUUUACUACCCACCAGAAUGGACACCGGAUCAAGGUUCCUUGAACAAGUUUCAAGGACAGCAUCCUCUCAGAGAGAGGGCAAAGAAACUAGGCGAGGGGAUUUUGAUCAUAAGGUUCGAGAUGCCCUAUAAUAUAUGGUGUGGUGGCUGCAAUUCUAUGAUUGCCAAGGGUGUUCGAUUCAAUGCAGAGAAGAAGCAAGUUGCAGAGAAUUGGCAGGAGGGUUUUAGGACACUAAACAAACAAAAUAGUGUCUGAUGAGGAAGAUUGUGUGUUUGCAGUUGCUUCUUUCAGCUUCUAAAGACAAGACAGUUCGGUUAUGGAGAGUUGGUUCUGAUUUGUGUCUUCAUGUCUUUCAUCAUAACAACUACGGUAACUUUUGAUACUUUCUUAACUCAGUUAAAGAGAAUCCCAUUCUCUGUGUGUUUGUAUAGCAAAACAGAGCAUCUCAUUCUCUGUUUUAUUACAUGGUCAUCAUCAAUAGUAUGUUUUAGUAUUCAUCAGA